GGCGUCAGGUAGGCGGAACCAGAGCAUCAGGUGGGCGGUGCCAGAGCUGAAGAGCCUGGUUCAGAUUAACAUGAGAGGGAGUGAAAGUUAUCGGUGAAGCUGCAGAGAGAGAGAGACGGUCCUGACUGAACUGCAGCAGGAGAACAAGCCAACCAAAAUGCAGGCCUCCCACCACCUGCCCCACUGCGCCGUCCUUCUCCUAGUGCUGCUCAAGUUGACCCAGGCCCAGUAUGAGCACCUGGGUUACCCGCUGGGCUACCCAGAGCCAGAGCAGGAGCAGUACACUGCCCCAGAGCUGUCGCCGGACACACCCAGGAUCCAGCUCCGACUGUCCGGAGAUAAGAGGAAGCACAACGAGGGCCGCGUGGAAGUUUUCUACAACGGCGCGUGGGGAACCGUGUGUGACGACGACUUCAGCACGCACGCCGCUCAGGUGGUGUGUCGCGAGCUGGGCUACGUGGAGGCCGUCUCAUGGUCGCCAUCCUCCAAAUAUGGGAAAGGAGAAGGACCCAUCUGGUUCGACAAUCUCCACUGCACCGGCAAAGAGAGGACCUUGGCGCUGUGUCCGUCAAACGGGAUCGGUAUAUCCGACUGCAAGCACACCGAAGAUGUAGGCGUGGUCUGCAGCGACAAGAGGAUACCGGGGUUUAAAUUUGUCAACACUCUGCCCAACCAUGUCGAGAGCCUUGACAUCCAGGUGGAGGACGUGCGCAUACGACCCAUCCUGUCAUCGUACCGCAAGCGCAUCCCUGUGACGGAGGGCUACGUGGAGAUCAAAGACGGUGGACAAUGGAAGCAGAUCUGUAACGCCGAGUGGACGCAGUCUAACAGCAGAGUCAUCUGUGGCAUGUUUGGAUUCCCCGCGGAGAGGAAACACAACGCCAGAGUCUACAAGAUGUUUGCUCGCAGGAGAAAGCCCACAUACUGGGACUUCUCCGUCAACUGCACUGGCAGCGAAGCACAUCUGUCCAGCUGUAAACUGGGCCAGUCUGCGAUACUCAAGACCAACGGCACCUGCACUGACGGGCUGCCCGUGGUGGUGAGCUGUGUGCCCGGCAGAGCCUUCGCUCCGGCGACCAUGACGGGAUUCAAGAAGGCUUUCCGACAAGAGCAGGCACUGGUGCGACUCCGCGGUGGGGCCAUCGUAGGCGAGGGCCGAGUGGAGGUGUUAAAAAACGGAGAGUGGGGCACCAUAUGUGAUGAUAAAUGGAACCUGAUCUCAGCCACCGUGGUGUGUCGAGAGCUGGGCUUUGGCACGGCCAAGGAGGCUCUGUCUGGAGGCCGUCUGGGACAAGGAAUGGGCCCGGUGCACAUGAACGAGGUGGAGUGCACAGGAUUUGAGAAGUCCAUCACAGAGUGCUCCUUCAACAAAGAGUUUCUGGGCUGCAGCCACGAGGAGGACUCUGCCGUCAGGUGUAACAUUCCUGCGAUGGGCUUCCAGGAGCGGCUGCGUCUCAGUGGAGGUCGUAACCCCUACGAGGGUCGCGUGGAGGUGCUGAUGGAGAAGAACGGUUCUCUGGUGUGGGGGACGGUGUGCGGUGAGGGCUGGGGAACCAUGGAGGCCAUGGUGGUGUGCAGACAGCUGGGCCUGGGCUUCGCCAGCAACGCUUUCCAGGAGACGUGGUACUGGCCUGGACAGGUGGGUGCAGACGCGGUGGUGAUGAGUGGCGUCCGCUGCUCUGGCACCGAGAUGUCCCUGUCCCACUGUCUGCACCACGGAGCUCACCUCAGCUGCGCCAAAGGAGGAGGACGCUUCGCCGCCGGAGUCUCGUGCUCGGAGACGGCUCCAGACCUGGUGCUGAACCCUCAGGUGGUGGAGGAGACCACCUACAUGGAGGACAGGCCCAUGUUCAUGCUGCAGUGUGCGUACGAGGAGAACUGCCUGGCGGCCACGUCCAGUCAGGUGCCGGCCAACUCGUACCGCCGCCUGCUGCGCUUCUCCUCGCAGAUCCACAACAACGGACAGUCGGACUUCAAGCCCAAAGCCAGCAGAGAGUCGUGGGUGUGGCACGACUGUCACAGACAUUAUCACAGCAUGGAGGUGUUCACUCACUACGACCUGUACAGUCUCAACGGGACCAAAGUCGCUGAGGGACACAAAGCCAGUUUCUGUCUGGAGGACUCCGAGUGUGAUGAAGGGAUUGAGAAGAGGUAUGAAUGUGAGAACUUUGGAGAGCAGGGCAUCACCGUGGGCUGCUGGGACACGUACAGACACGACAUCGACUGUCAGUGGGUCGACAUCAGUGACCUCAUACCUGGAGAUUAUAUCUUUCAGAUCGUGAUUAAUCCAAACUACGAGGUGCCGGAGUCGGAUUACACCAACAAUAUCGUGAAAUGCAGAUUCCGUUACAACGGCCAGCGCGUGUGGACGUACGGCUGCCACAACGGUGGCUCAAUAAGUCCAGAAACAGAACUGACGUUUCCAGGACUCCUCAACAACCAGGUGACCCACAGGUAAAGACAAAAUAAAGCAGAGGAAGAGGAGUUCACUAAAAUACGGAGUAAAACUCUUCACAGCUCCACUGGUGGAGGAUCUCACCUUCUUGCAAGAAGAACAUGGUCCUAGUUUAAUUCUCUUUUCCCUUCAUUUGUGCAGCAGCAGCAGCUUCUUUUUUUAGUAGAAUAUUUGAUUUCUCCGCCUGUCCAAACAGGACAAACACUUCUUCACCCUCUCACUUCUCUGUGUUUCGAAUCUCUUUGACGGGAAGUGGCAGCUACUAAAGUGCAGCUUCUUGUCCCACGACAGCGUUUUUGUUUUGUUUGUUCGGAGCUCCACGUCGGCACAGUUUGGGACAUCUGUGUCGCGAAAUCAUUGAUAAACAACAGCACGAAUGAUUUUCAUGUGAAGAUAAAUGCAGUAUUAAUCUUCUUCUACACACGAUUUCUUAUCCUCACAGGUGAGUUUUGAGUUCUGCCUGGUCCAGGCUCAAUUUCAGCGUAUACACAGAAUAAACUAAAGUGUUUUUGUCAAUAAUUACAGUUCAUAAAAUUCAGAUCAUUUUGUGUCCUCUGCCUUUUGUCUAAUUGUUCUUUGUCCAUAACUCCUUCAUUUUCCUAUCAUAUUUCCUAUACAAUAUUUUUGUUUUUGCAAGCUAAUCUAAGCUAAGCUUGUGUCUAAAAUCUUUACAUGUACUGUAUUUAAAAAGAGAAACUCAGAAUUCUAACUGUAAUAUCAGAAUUGUAAGGGGAAAAAGUCCAGAAUCAUGAGAUUUAAGUCAGAAAUUAAAUUAAAGUCAGGAUUCAGAGAAAAAAAGAAAAAGAGUCAGAAUAUUGAGGAGAAAAAAGUCAGAAUUUUGAGAUUUAACUAAAAAGUCCGAAUUAUAAAUAUAAUCUUGGAGUUCUGAGGAAAAAAGUCAGAGAUAUGAGAUUAAAUCAGGAUUCAGAGAAAAAAAAGUCAGAAUUUAAAAUUUAAUCAGCUUUAUCCGAGGGAAAAAGUCAGACUCAUGAGAUUAAAGUCAGAAUUCUGAGAAUAAAAGUCAGAAAUAUGUGACUAUAAAAUCAGAAUUAUAAACAUAAUCUUGGGAUUGUGACGAAAAAACGUCAGAAUCAUGAGAAAAUGUUUUAUUUUGUGUCCCCUGCCAUUUGUCCUGUUGUUCAUAAACUCUUGCUGUGACAUGUAGCAAUAUUUUGUUUUUGCAAGCUAAUUUUGAAAUCUUUUCACCUACUGUAUUUAAAAAGAGAAUUUUCCAGCUGCCAGAAGUUUAAUCUUUGCUCAUCAUGUUGAUUGAUGAUGAUGAUUUCACACGAGUCAAACUCCCUUUGCUUUACAAAUACAAAACCUCUGUGUGUUUUUUGUUCUUCAAAUUGUUGUAAAUGUAAAUAUUACACACGUUUUCUUCUUUUGCAAAAAUGAGCAGCGACAUUGUGCGUCUAAAACAUCCGUAAACAGUUGUGACCUCACCAAACCAGACUUUAAACAGACUUGAAACCUUUAACCACAGAUUAUAUUGGUAUUAAUUUACUCUUUCACAUAAUCCUUCUUGCAAGUUUUAUCAGAUGUAUUCUGUCAUUUCCCUGAAAAAUAACUGCAUAUCCUUGAAAGUCUGUACUAAAAUGAGAAUAAGGGCAGAUUUGUGCCAAAAUAAGUCCAUUUAAUUUUACUUUCUUCUUAUUAUUGUUAUUAUUUUAUAAUGUUGUAAUCCUAGGAAUUCUUGUAUUUGUAAAACUGUAUAUACAGCUUUUAAAAUGUGAUAUUUCCUUUUUAUUUUAAUUAAUUCUAAGUGAAAAUGUAAAGUUUUAGGACUUUUAUUCAAUUUUGACCCAAUAAUUUGUACUGUCAAGAGGAUAGAGGAAACAUUUUUUGUGAAAACUUAAGAAGAAAAAAAGAAGAAAGUCUAAAUUCUCAGAUGAAAGUCAGAAUUCUAAAUUUAAGCUCCGAACUCGGAGAAAAAAAGGCAUAAUCUUUGGGAAAAAGUCUGAAUUUAAUCUCAGAAUUCUCAGCAAAAAGUGAAACAGAAUUGUAAGAUUAAAUGUAUAAUUCUUAGGGGAAAAGUCAAAAUUCAGAGAGGAAAGCCAGAUUUCAGGAAUUCUGAGAAACUGAAUUUCGAAGAAAGAAAAGUUAGAAUUCGAAAUUUAACCCCAGAAUUCUGAGAAAAAAAUUCAGCAAAAAAUAAAGAGUCAGAAUUAUGAGAAUAACGUCAAAAUUCUAAAUUUAAUAGAUAGAAAUAAAAACUAGUUGUUAAAAAUGUUAAAAUAGUCUUAUAUGACACUUCAGUGUCAUCUUUCCUUGCGGAGGCACUGUGUUUUCUCUCCAUGAGUCUUAAUAAGGGACUGUCGUUACAUCCUCUCACUGCAUCAUAUUCAUUCAUUCAUUGUCUUUACAAGGAAACAAAAGAGCUGAAUUCCAUUCUGUCACAGGCACCACCUUUGUGUAUUCUAAACACGUUAGUAACGUCUUGCGUUUAAAGUUGAGGUUUUUACACUUGUAUGUUUGUACAUGUUAGUGUUUUUGAAUCCUGUGUAAUUGUAUUUUAAAGUUUUUACAAUGGUGCUAUCAAACUGUGGCCCUCUGUUUUCUGAGGGUACAUGAUUAUGUACAUGAUGAUGUAUAAGAACAGUUUACAGUGAACUGAGCUUGAGAAACAAUGUGUUCAGUUCUAAUAAAGGUCAGAGUUACGAAGCAACCAAAGCUUUGCUUUGUU